AUGUCCGGCAACCAGACUUCUCCCACUGUCUGCGCCAGCAGUACUUCGACGUCCACUCUGAGGGAUACCGACCACAGCAUUGGGUCGCCGGAGCUGCCUCCUCGUGCUUCUCGCCGUCUUCUUGCCGCAGCAACCUCCCGGCUCCCGUCUUCUCGCCUCAAGGGCGCCCCCGGAGCCAUCGUCUUCCACCCAGAAGAUGAUACCGACUCCGAGAUUGAACUCUUCCCCACCAAGUCUCGCAAGGGCUCCAAGAGACAGAAGGUCAAUCAUCCAAACGAUGAUGAGAACGAUGGUCAUCGCGCUCGCAUCUCAAUUUCCCCUUCUCCAGACUCCGAUAUCGAAUCUGUUCAGCAACUCGCUCUCGUCCACCCCGUGAUCAAGCGCGCUCGACGCAUUAUCGACCCCCAGAACGCCGCCGAUGCCACCCUCAUCGCUUCUACAUCUCGCGCUGGUGCAGACUACUACGACAGCGACGCCGAAGACCUCACUGGCCCGAUCAAAGGCAUGAAAGACACCGCCAACCACUUCCGCAACGUCAAAUGGGGCGCUUACGCUACCGACAAAUCUAACGACGCCGAAUUCCCCACCACACCUGUCUUCCGCGCCUUCGUCCCCGGUCGCUUCGAGCGCCUCGCCGACGGGACCGCAUUCGACCAGAAGCGCAAACUUAUCGUCAAGCUCACCGAUGCCAAGGGUACCAAACACAUCUACGCCAACCCGCCCCCUCGCGAGUGGACUAACCAGGAUGCCAUCACUGCGCUCAACAAGAAGACGGUGCAGCAGAUUCGUCGCAAUACUGAUGUCAAGUUCCGCGCGGGUGUGAAUGAGUAUGUUGAGGUUGAGCGUGCUUGGAUCCUUGCGCAUCUCAAGGAUGGCGGGCCAGAGCAUAGCUGGGCGCGAUUUGUUAACGAGUUCAACAAGGAGUUCGCCGGGAAGGUUGUGGAGGGUGCUAAGGAUGAGAGGCCAAUGCGCAGUCAGUCUUCUUUGAGCAAGGAAGUUAGUGGACGCAAAGAGUUCUAUGGGAAGGGCGUUGUGCCGGUGUUGAGCAAGGCGGCUAAGAAGUAG